AUGGGACGAAAAGAGUUGCAAGAUAAGGAAAAGUUUCGUUCGCCAUUUAUGAAUGUCAAGUGUGGCUCAGGCGAAAUUAAACGAAAAAAACGUCGUGUCCCCUCAGAGGACGAAGAUGCAUAUAAAGAAUCGUUUGUUAUCAAAGUGUUCGAGCGCAGCGUUGACUUUGGACAGUUUGGAGAAAUGGCUCCACUUUAUCCAAUGGCUAGAGCCUGGAUACGAAAUCUCAACCAAGGGGAUGCAUCGUCAUGGAAUGAUGUUCCACCAACCGAUGAAGAUCAAGAGAACUCAGACCAAGCACCGGACUGUCAUUAUGCUCUUCCUAAACCGAACGAUGGUCUCACGGACAACGAUUUUCGUAUCCCGGCACCAUUACCCUCGGACGGUCAACCGUUCGUAAUUAAUGUCGAGAUUUUCGAUGAAAAAUACAUAAACGUACAGGCGGAACAACGUAUUUCAUUGCCGCCAUGUACACGUUUCCGCCUUUGUGCGGCACUGAUCUAUAUCAAUAGAAGUCCAAACUAUGCUUGA